AUGGGGCUGUGCCGGGGGACAAGGGCCCCCGGGGGCUCUGCUUUGCUCCUGCUGCUGGCCCUGGGAUGUGUCUGGAUGCCCACGGGCGCCCGGCGGCCCCCUCGGCCGCCCCCCUGUCCCCCGAGCUGCUCCUGCACCCGUGACACAGCCUUUUGCGUGGACUCCAAGGCCAUCCCCAGGAACCUGCCCCCCGAGGUCAUCUCGCUGACCAUGGUGAACGCGGCGUUCUCGGAGAUCCGCGAGGCCGCCUUCGCCCACAUCCCGUCGCUGCAGUUCCUGCUGCUCAACUCCAACAAGCUGGCGCUCAUCGGCGACGGCUGGCUGGAGACGACCAACACGACGGUGCCCGCCGUCUUCUGCAGCAGCCCCGGGCAGCGGCAGGGCCAGCGCAUCCGCGACCUGGCGCUCGCCGACUUCGAGUGCAUCACGACGGACUUCGUGGUGCACCAGGUGCUGCCCUUCCAGGCGGUGUCGGCCGAGCCCUUCACCUACGCCAGCGACCUGUACCUGGCCCUGGCGCAGCCCGGCGCCAGCAGCUGCACCGUGCUCAAGUGGGACUACGUGGAGCGCAAGCUGCGCGACUUCGACCGCAUCCCCGCCCACUCGGCCGUGCACUGCAAGCCCAUCGUGGCGCACGAGCAGCUCUACGUGGUGGUGGCGCAGCUCUUCGGGGGCUCCUACAUCUACCGCUGGGACACCACGGUGGACAAGUUCAUCAAGAUCCAGGACAUCGACAGCCAGAAGACCCGCAAGCCCAACGACAUCGAGGCCUUCCAGAUCGAGGGCGACUGGUACUUCGUCAUCGCCGACAGCUCCAAGGCGGGUUCCACCAGCCUCUACCGCCUCAGCCAGAACGGCUUCUACUCCCACCAGGCGCUGCACGCCUGGCACCGCGACACCGACGUGGAGUACGUGGAGAACGAGGGCAAACCGCGGCUCAUCAUCUCCAGCAGCUCCCAGGCGCCCGUCAUCUACCAGUGGAACCGGGCGCAGAAGCAGUUCGCGCCGCAGGGCGAGGUGGGCGACGUGCUCGACGUGCAGAUGGUCAAGCACUUCAAGGCCAAGCGGGACCAUUUCCUCUGCCUCAGCCGCUACAUCGGCGACUCCAAGGUGGUGCGCUGGGAAGGGCAGCGCUUCGUGGAGCUGCAGACGCUGCCGUCCCGCGGCUCCAUGGUGAUGCAGCCCUUCGCCGUGGGGCAGCGCCAGUACCUGGCCCUGGGCAGUGACUUCUCCUUCACGCACGUCUACCUGUGGGAGGAGGAGAAGCAGAAGUUCGCCAAGUUCCAGGAGCUGUCGGUGCAGGCGCCGCGCGCUUUCCGCUACGUGCCGGCCGCCGACGUGCAGCUCCUGCUGGCCCCCAGCUUCAAGGCCAACACGCUGGUCUACCGGCACGUGGUGGUGGAUCUCAGCCUCUAGAGGGAAUGGGGGGCAGCAGGGCAGCCCCCC